AAUCACCAGACUCUUUUAAGAAAAGCAAACAAAACAAAGCCCUAUAUUUGAAAUAUAAUCAAGUACAAAUGAUAGGUAGCAAAGCCAUGGAACCCAAAUAGCUCUACUUAAAAAAUAGAGAAAAUUUUAUUAUAAUGUUGUCCCUUCUGCUUUCUUUCUCAAAAAGAUCAACAGAGAAACCAACAUAUAUCCUCUAUCCAAAAGGGUUUUUGAAUAGAAAAAUUAGAGAUGGGGGAUGCAACGGAGAGGGUAUACUGGUGUCACAUGUGCACUCAAAUGGUAAAUCCAAGAAUGGAAUCUGAGAUAAAAUGUCCACUGUGCGAGGGCGGUUUUGUGGAAGAAAUGAGCAGCAGCAUAGAAGAUCACCCCAUCAACAAUGAAAUGGAUGUAGGAUCAGACCGUGCUUUCUCUUUAUGGGCUCCAAUCUUACUUCGUUUGAUGGGUGCUUCUGGUUCAGUUCCUUCUCGUCCACGUAUCACCGGUAACAAUUCACAAAAUGAGGAGGCUGACCAAGAGAGGGAGUUUGAGUCCUCGUUUAGGAGGCGAAGAAGAAGCAACUCGGUUUCCUUCUUGCGUAUGCUUCAAGAUAUCCGUUCUGGUAUUGCUUCUCAAUCAAAUGAUUCUGAAAAUUAUAGGGAGAGGAAUGGUAGUUUGCUUUUUGUUAAUCCUAUGAAUGAAGAGGCCUUAAUUAUACGAGGUCACAAUGCAGCCACAUCUUUAGGUGACUAUCUUAUAGGACCUGGUCUGGAUUUGUUACUGCAACAUUUGCUAGAGAAUGAUCCGAAUAGAUAUGGAACCCCGCCAACACAUAAAGAAGCAAUUAAGGCAUUGCCAACAGUUGCAGUUGAUAAGAAUUUGCAAUGUGCAGUGUGCUUGGAGGAUUUUGAUAUUGGAAAUGAAGCAAAGGAGAUGCCAUGUAAACAUAAGUUCCAUGGUGGUUGUAUUCUUCCGUGGCUGGAACUUCAUAGUUCUUGUCCGGUUUGCAGAUUCCAAAUGCCAUCUGUCCAUCUCAAAAUUGAAGGAAACAGGACUGGAAAUCGAGAAGUGAGUACUGUAGGGAAUAAUGAUGCACAAGAUAUUGUAAGGGUAGGCACAGGAGGAGAGAGAGUAGGAAAUGGGAGGAGGCAUUGGAUUCCAAUUCUAUGGCCUUUUGAUGGUUUGUUCUCUUUGUCAGGAUCUCAGAAUGCUGGAAGUUCUAGUUCAGCACCAUCAUCGGCACAACUGCCAGGAACUGCUUCUCAUAGAGAUGAGAAUUGAAGGCAUUUAUAAGUAACUUACUAUUGCCUCUUUCGAUUUUUUUAUAUAAUUUGUACAUAACUUGGUUUUACGAAAACCUGGAAGUAGUUCUUCCUAGUUUAAGCUUCUUUUGUUAAAGAAAUUUAGCCUUGUUAAAGGAAACACUGUAAUUUUACUGGGUUUCAGGAUUUGCUGUAUUUUGUAUAUGAAGUCCUAGUUUGGUCUGGUUAAAGCAUAUGGCUUUGUUUGCUGCAUUUGUAAGAUUCAAAAACUAGAUGUAUCAAUAGGUGAAUUAUGCUCUAAUAAAGUGAUAAAUAC